AGUCUAGAAACUAUCUUGUAAAAGUGAACACUAAAAUGGCCGGAGCCGGUAAGGAUAACAUUGAAUAUCUGAAACAAGAUGUACCAAAGUUUAUUAGAGACUUUAAGAGCAAGACAAACCAAACUGAGGCACCAAAUAUAGAUUCAAAACGAAAAAAAGUGGAUGACAAUGAUGAUGAUGCCGAUAUACAACGCGCGGAUGAAGCACCUACUAUUUCUAUCGAAGGGAAUAUUUCGGUUGAAGAAGUGGAAGCUUUUGCGAAAGAUUCAUUUGGAGAAAAAGCUGAGCUAAAAAUCGAAACGUCAAGUAAAAGACUGCAUGAAAAAGAUGAUGAACUAGCGGAGGAUGGAAAGGUUGUGUUUAAAAAACCAACAAAAGAGAAAUUGAAAGAUAAAUCAACAAAAAACAAGAAAAAACAGAAAAGUCAAAUGAAGCAAGUGAAGAAUACGAAUCUUCUAUCGUUUGGCGAAGAGGAAGAAGAUGAAUAAAUAAAACUAUCCUUAUUAGCGAAGAAACCUUUUCGUUGAUGCUCGUACGUGAAUUUAAAAAAAGUCAUUUUUUCGACAGUCAUCCCUUUAACCGCAGUAAGAAAUGAAAUAUAAUAUUGUCUGCGCUAACAAACAAUUACAAAUGUAUAGCGGAUAAAGAAAAAGAAAUUUUGUUGUACAAGUUUUAGUGUUAAAAAGUGUUUUUUAUGACUUACGGUUA